CGAUAACUUGCGGUGUAUUGUGAAAUUACGCCGCUUCCCUAGAUAAAGUUUAACUUUAUCAAAAUCUGCUAAAUGGCAUCUAAUAAGGAGUGUCUAAUUAUUGUGCUAGACGUACGAAACUGCGCCGCCGAGGAAUUCAAAUUAAAGUCUGUCAAAUGCGUAUCUGAAAUCAUAAAGGACAAAAUUGUCAGCGACAAGAAGGACUAUGUGUCCUUUGUGUUAGUGGGUUGUGAGGAGAGCAAUAAUGAGUUAUAUGAGGCUAAUAAUCGAGUGUGUCAGAACGUGCUUCAAUAUGAAAAUACCCAGCUCUGCACAUGGCAGCUUUUGCUUCGCUUCUUCAAGUUUGUCAAUGCGACAGCCUGCGAUGAAGGCGAAUGGCUUGAUGGUCUCGACGUAGCCAUUGCUAUGCUACAUUCGGCCCAGCCCUUGAAGUGUGCGAGGCAGCGAAUUUUGCUUCUCUACGACUUUAACUUCAUGACACAGAGAUACGAUGACUAUGACAAAAUCUGUAACAAAAUCCUUCAUGAAAACAUUGAGUUAAUCGUUGGCUCCCACAAUAUUGCUUACAUAGACAAUGCCGAGACCAACCAGCCUCAGGCCAUAUUUCAGUUCACGCGAAAGUCCAAUAUCCAUGAGCUGGAGAAUCAGAAACAUGCUCUGCAGCUGGUGAGCAACUGCAAUGCCGUAUUGUGCAGCUUCAAGGAAACCUUGGCCUCGGUCUUCAAGGUGUCCAAUAGGCGGCCCUGGGUUUGGAAUGCCAAGCUCCACAUUGGCAGCCAGAUUUCGAUUAGCUUACAGGGCAUUAUAGCCAUGAAAAACGAAAGCCACAUCAAAUUGAAGAAGGUGUGGGGCGAGCAUGAUGAGUUGGUGGAGCGAGAGGAGCGUUUUUUCAUUAAGGGCACAGAGGUUACGCCCUUACCUGAGGACCUGAUUGAUGGCUACAUGCUUGGCGGCACUCCAGUGCCAUAUGAUGAGACGCUGGUUGAGUUGCCGCCCGCCCAUGCGCCAGGUCUGCACUUUGUGGGCUUUGUGAAGCACAGCAGUAUACCCGAUGCUUACUUCUGUGGCGACUCCCUGUACAUGCUUGUGCAUCAGAAGGGCAAUACAUCAUCUGCCCAGAAGCUGGAUGCCUUGGUGAGGGCAUUGAUUGCCCAAAAGUGUGUUAUACUUUGCUGGAAGAUUUUCAGUGUCAAGUUUAAUACGCCACGGAUUGUGGUGCUUAUUCCGCAAGAGUCCAAAGACGAUAGUCCGGCCACCUUAUAUAUGCAAGAGUUAUCCUAUCAUGCUCAGCACCAGUUCUGGGAUUUUCCCUCGCUACGUACCGAAAAAACUGAGUGUAACAAAGAUCAGCUAAAAGCUGUUGAUAACCUCAUUGAUAGUAUGGAUUUGGAGUGUACACUGAAGGAUACCCAGCAGCCUAGGCAGCGACGAAAGAAUGAUCUGCUGCCAUUUGAUGGGCUGCCCAGCAUUUUUGAGCAGAAUGUGAUGGAUGUAUUGGAAUACAAGGUUAUCUCCAAAAAGAAAGACGAGGAACUAUCCGACGAAAUGCUAAAACAAAGAAACUUCGUCGAUGUCUUUUGGCGUGUGCCUGAACCAAUUGAGGAAAAGUCCAAACAGGCCGCUGCAGCACUCAAGAAACUGUUUCCGUUGGAGCACAGUUAUGCUUGGCUAGAGAAACUUAAGGCCAAGGAGCAGGAACAUAAUCCAGCGCCAGCCAUCAAGCAAGAGAGCGAAGAUACCAUCACUAUUGAUAGCGUGGGUCUGAUGACACCGGUUCAGGAUUACAAACAACUCUUACAAAAGGUGCGGUCCGAGUUGAAUACUACCAAACGGGACGCUCAGUUCCAAUCGUUAGCUGCUCAAAUGCGAGUGGUUAUUAAUACGUUGCUGGACCGCAACAAAUUGGACCUCAAUCAGUUGAAUGAAGUGAUCAAACUGUACCGAGACAGUUGCUUUGAAUUCAACAGCUUUGCGGAGUACUACCAAUUUGCAAACCAGCUAAAAACCAAAGCAUCUGAGAGGAAUCUGCAAGAGUUUUGGCAUUCCAUUGUCGUGGAGAAGCAGCUGGGCCCUCUCGUUUUGGGUGAGCCAACACUGGAGGAUGAGCUGCGUCUGAAAGCGUUUUAUACAAAACCAGAGUUUGAGGUUGAUGAUGCUGAAUUUCAGAGUGAUAUAUAACACGUACAAUAA